AUGAGUGACACCACAGAACCAAGGCUACAGCAACUGGGCACUCUGGUCUCAAAGGUCCCCAGCUCCCAGGUUCAGGACAAAAUCUACCAGGAGCUCAUGCAGCUGAAGAUUGACGUGCAUGAUGGAUUGUGUCAACCCUGCCCCAGGGACUGGACGUUCUUCCAUGGAAACUGUUACUUCUUCUCCAAGUCCCAACGGAACUGGCACAACUCCGUCACUGCCUGCCAGGAGGUGGGAGCCCAGCUGGUCAUUGUAGAGACUGAUGAGGAGCAGACCUUCCUGCAGCAGACUUCUAAGGCUAAAGGACCAACUUGGAUGGGGCUGUCAGACAUGCAUAAUGAAGCCACGUGGCACUGGGUGGAUGGCUCAACUCUGUCACCCAGCUUUGAGCAGUAUUGGAAUAAAGGGGAACCCAACAAUGUCGGAGACGAAGAUUGUGCAGAGUUCUCUAAGGAUGGCUGGAAUGAUCUCAAAUGUGAUUCCCUGAAUUUCUGGAUCUGUAAGAAAGCCUCAACCUCAUCAUGCACCACCAAGUGA